AUGGGCGAGCUCAAUGACGAUAUUGCGGGCUUCGCUCGCGCAACGUCCAGCGGUUCGGUCAUAUUGGCGGCUGGUGCCGCACAUCAGCCGAAUGUCACUCUCCCAAAAAUUGAGCUCCCAAAAUUUGACGGCAACCUUCAACAUUGGCUCAAUUUUAAGGACCUAUUUGAAACAUGCAUCAUCAAGGAAACUUCGCUGUCUAAUGUGCAACGCCUUCAUUAUCUUAAAGCGUGUUUGAAAGGCGAUGCUGAACAUUUGGUGCGUAAUAUCGCUGUAACAGACCAAAACUUUGAAAUUGCAUGGGAGUUAUUGACACAGCGUAUUGAUAGUACUCGUCGUCUUAUUAAAUGCCACCUACGCGCCGUCGUCAAUCUGCCCAAGACAAAUUUAGAAUCUGCUAGUCAGAUACGCAACAUUCUGGACGUCGUCAACGGAACUUUUCGUGCACUCACACAACUCGGCCGACCCACUGAUCAAUGGGACGACUGGUUUGUAUUCCACGUUACGGAGAAACUCGACUCGAAGACGAUUAAAGACUGGGAAAUCUCUUUAGGUGCCUCAGAGAUAAUACCUACUUACGAAGAUCUGAAAAAGUUCUUACAAUGCCGCGUUCAAGGCUUAGAAGCGGCCGACACACCGGAAAAAUUUAGCGAUUCAUCUAAAGGCUACACUGG